AUGGAGCGACUUGGUCGGAUGCUUCAGGCCGCCCAAAGUAUGGGCAUGGGCGGUGCUGCCCCCGGUGGUGAUACCCCUAACCUGAUCGAUAACUCCGAAACGGUACAUAUCUCAUCGCUGGCUCUGCUGAAGAUGUUGCGACAUGGUCGGGCAGGUGUGCCUAUGGAAGUCAUGGGCCUGAUGUUGGGAGAAUUUGUGGAUGAAUAUACAGUUCGAGUAGUAGAUGUGUUCGCGAUGCCUCAGAGCGGUACUGGUGUUAGUGUCGAAGCUGUGGACCCUGUCUUUCAGACCAAGAUGAUGGAUAUGCUCCGCCAAACAGGACGUCCAGAGACCGUUGUUGGCUGGUAUCACUCUCACCCUGGUUUUGGUUGUUGGCUCUCAUCUGUCGAUAUCAACACCCAGCAAUCCUUCGAGCAGCUCACCCCGCGCGCUGUCGCCGUUGUCGUUGACCCUAUCCAGUCCGUCAAGGGCAAAGUUGUUAUUGAUGCUUUCCGACUUAUUCAGCCCCAGACUGUGGUUAUGGGUCAGGAGCCUCGGCAAACAACAUCCAAUUUGGGUCACCUCAAUAAGCCAUCGAUUCAAGCACUCAUCCAUGGCCUGAACAGGCACUACUACAGCAUUGCUAUCAACUACCGUAAGACAGGCUUGGAGGAGAACAUGUUGAUGAACCUGCAUAAGCAUGUUUGGACGGAAGCCUUGCAGAUGAAGGAUUUCCAUGAAGAAGGCGAGCACAACGUCGACCGCAUGAAGCAGCUCGUCAGCCUCGCCGAGGGCUAUGAAAAAAGAGUUAAGGAAGAAACGGAACUCAGCAAGGAGCAGCUCAAGACGAGAUAUGUCGGAAAGGUUGAUCCCAAGAAGCAUAUCGAGGAUGUAAGCCAACAGUUGAUUGAAGAUAACAUUGUUGCAGUCUCGCGGCAGAUGAUCGAUAAGGAAGCCUCAGUUGCCAGGCAAUCAAAUGGAAAAGGGGCUCAGAACGGUGCCAGUAUGGAGGUGGACGAAGACCUAUAG